UCAACUGCUGCAACUCUCUCUUUCUCUCUUCGGUUAUCUCAAAGCAGAUUUUGGCUUCGCUUGUCAUAUUCAAUUCAUUUUGUUUGUUAUUGGGUUCUUUGCUUUCUUUCCAUCUGAGUGCUGAUUCAAAGAACAUCAUCCAAUGUUUGUCAAGAAGCUUGUUGAGAAGGCUGCAAAGAAGCCUGGAGGAAGUUCUGAUGGUUUGAAAUCAAGUGAGGUAGACCCACGAGUUGUGUUCCAUUAUGGGAUCCCCUCUGGAUCUACCAUGUUCGCUUAUGACUCCAUUCAAAAGAUACUUGCAAUUUCUACAAAGUAUGGCCGAAUCAAGUUAUUUGGAAAAGAUAACACUCAGGCUGUACUUGAAUCAAACGAGAUAGUACCAAGCAAAUUUUUGCAGUUUAUGGAGAACCAAGGCAUCCUUCUAAAUGUGACGUUGAAGAAUCACCUCGAGGUUUGGGACAUAGACAAGAAGGUGUUAUCUCAUGUGCACGUUUUUAAGGAAGAAAUUACCUCCUUUACAGUCAUGCGUCACAGUUGUUACAUGUAUGUUGGAGAUUCUAAUGGUAAUAUUUCAGUUUUGAAGCUUCAAGAAGGACCAUUUGGUAUAGUACAAAUGAAAUACACUAUACCUCUCUCAGUUUCUCAUGGGAAUAUAACUGAAGUGUCUGGUGAUACUGCUGUGCUGCAUAUUCUACCUCAACCAACAGCUGAAAGUAAGAGACUUCUUAUAAUAUUUAGAGAUGGCUUAAUUGCAUUAUGGGAAAUUCGAGAAAGCAAGUCCAUUUUCACAACAGGUGGAAAUAUGUUGCAAUCACUCUCUCAUGAAGCAAAGAAAGUGACUUCUGCAUGCUGGGCAUGCCCUUUUGGAAGUAAAGUUGUUGUUGGGUACAGCAAUGGAGAGAUUUUCAUAUGGAGUAUUCCUUCUACCACAACUCCAAGGACCGCUACAGCAUCAGACCAUGGUUCUCAAAAUGUUCCUAUAAGUAAACUUAAUCUCGGGUAUAAGAUAGACAAAAUUCCUAUAGCAUCAUUAAAAUGGGCUUAUGCAGAAGGGAAAGCGAGUCGCCUAUAUGUUAUGGGUGCCUCCAACUCUGUUUCAGGAAAUUUUUUGCAGGUAAUGUUGUUGAAUGAGCAUACUGAAUCUCGCACAAUUAAGUUGGGGCUUCAUUUGCCUGAGCCUUGCAUUGACAUGGAGAUAAUUUCUAGCAGUGAGCAAUACAAACAUAAACAAGAUUGUCUCCUUUUGCUUGGAAAAUCAGGAACUGUUUAUGCCUAUGAUGAUUGUUUGAUUGAAAAGUAUCUUCUACAAUGCCAAUCUAAGUCUCCAACCUCACUCCCAAAGGAGGUCAAGUUGAAAAUGCCAUUUGCUGAUUCAAGUAUCACUAUAGCAAAAUUUAUUACAGACAGUCCUUGUAUGCUUAGUCCUGCAGAUGAGGAUUACAUUCAAAUGGCAGGAAAUAUUCCACCACUUCUUCCCUCCGAGACAAAACAGAAAGAUAGAAGUCACUUGAAUUCAGCCAACUUUAGUGGAUUUUCGAAGGUUAAAAACUUGUACAUAACUGGACAUAGUGAUGGAGCCAUAAAUUUUUGGGAUGUAUCAUGUCCCUUUGUUAUUCCAAUUUUCUCGCUAAAGCAACAGAGUGAGGAUGAUUUUUCUUUAAGUGGUAUAGCACUGACAGCAUUGUAUUUUGAUGGCAAGUCUCAGCUUCUUGUUUCAGGAGAUCAGAAGGGAACGGUUCGCAUCUUUAAAUUUAAGCCCGAACCGUAUGCCACAGAAAACACUUUCAUGUCACGCUCAGGCAGUACAAAGAAGGGAAACAAUCACAUCAUCCAUAGUGUUAAGCUUAUAAAGAUUAAUGGCUCCGUGCUUUCUAUGAACAUUAGCUGCAGCUCAAGACAUCUUGCUGUUGGGUCUGAUCAAGGAUAUGUUUCUGUAAUUGAUAUGGAAGGGCCCACUCUAUUAUAUCAAAACCAUAUUGCAAGUGAAAUUCGUACUGGUGUCAUCUCUUUGCAAUUCCAAGCCUGCAGUUUACAUGGUUUUGAGAAGAAUGUUUUAGUGGUUGCAACAAUGGAUUCAUCUGUCCUGGCUCUCGACAGUGAUACUGGAAACAUCCUGGGCACUAACAGGGUUCGCCCCAAGAAACCUUCUAAAGCUCUAUUCAUGCAGAUCUUGGAUGGGCGUGAUACAUCAAAUGGUCAAGAUCUGAUCAAAGGGAAUGCCUUGGAGGAUGGCACACCAAAGCUGAUAGCAUUGCUAUGUUCUGAGAAAGCUGUGUAUGUCUAUUCUUUAACGCAUCUUGUUCAGGGAGUUAAGAAGGUGUCCCAUAAGAAGAAGUUUCAGAACUCUUCUUGUUGCUGGGCAUCAACAUUUUAUAGUCACUCUAAUGUUGGGCUUAUACUCCUUUUUACUAGUGGAAAAAUUGAAAUAAGGUCCUUGCCAGAUUUAUCCCUAAUAAAGGAGACGUCAAUAAGAGGUUUCACGUAUUCUACGUCAAAACCAAAUUCAUUCUCUGACAUUUCAAUAUGCGGUUCAUCAGAAGGAGAACUUGUUGUGGUUAAUGGUGAUCAGGAAAUCUUUGUCAUCUCAGUUUUGUUCCAAAAGAAAACCUUUAGGCUUCUGGACACUAUCAGCCACAUUUACAGGAAAGAUUUGAUGCUUUCACAAGAAGGGCUUGCCUGUCAACCCAUUGUCUACAAGGAAAGGAAAAAGGGUAUAUUUAGCUCUGUUAUUAAAGACAUUACAGGCAGUAAAGCAAAGCAUGUACCUCAUGUGGAAAUAGAAGAUGCUAGAGAAAGUAUAGAAGAACUUCACACGAUCUUUUCAACAGCUAACUUUCCAAGUGAAACUGAGAAUAGAGAUAACCUGGUCACGGAUGAAGAGGAAAUAGACUUAGACAUAGAUGACAUCAUCCUUGAUGAUCCUGGAGAAAAGCCUAAAGAACAGAGUAUGUUGACAGCUCUUAAUAAGAAGAAAAUAUCAAGCACAUUUCAGACUUUAAAAGGGAAGUUGAAACAGAUGCAGGGCAAGAACCAGAAGAGUUCCAUCAGUGAAGAGCAGCAAGAGGAGAAGGUCGGUGCAGUUGAUCAAAUUAAGAAGAAAUAUGGGUUUUCUUCAUCUGGUGAAUCUAGAGUUGCUAAAAUGGCAGAAACCAAACUGCAAGAGAACUCGAGUAGGUUGCAGGGGAUUGGCCUGAGAGCUACUGAGAUGCAAGACACAGCAAAGUCAUUCUCAUCUAUGGCAGAACAAGUGCUGCAAAUCGAACAGCAGAAACGAAGCUCAUAAUUCUAAUGGAUAUAUUGAUCAGAAAUGGAUUACAGCAUUGUAAAUUUUUUUUUGUGUGUUUGAUUUGUUUCUGUUUACUUGAUUCUUUGGAAUGUAUACUCAUUUCCAUAUAGCUGGAAGCCUGGAAAAUAAGAUGUGCUGCAGUGUGAUAGUGGAAUACUUUCAGACAGAUAUGUAAAGAAUUGUUUUUGUGUAUAUAAUGGAUGGGAUGGAGAUAUAUACAC